GCAUCGGUUUUAGAAGCUAGAGACACCAGACAGCUGGAUAACAAGAGAGAAUGAGAAGGGGAACCAAUGAUCUGUAGGUUGGAAAGCAUUGUCAAGAAGACGUGAAGAGAACAAGUUAAACUUCUAUUUGUUUUAAACCUGUUGUUUCAUCAUGAGCUCUAAUCUUGUGAAGUCUCUUGCUCGGGUUUAUGAUCCCAAACCACUUCAUGCUCAGAAACGGUGCGGAAGAGCCACAACGAGAAGAGCUUUGCUUUCUACCUCAAACAAACGUCUAUCUUCACCAUUUUCUGAUCAGCCUUCAUCAAAAUCCUCCUCAUCUUCUGCUCUUGUACAUAUUGAAGGACAAGUCAAUGAUCUGAGUGGUAAGAUAGACAAACUCCUCGCCUUGCAGGAAGCGUCUUUGAGACGACUGGAUGUCAUCGGUCAAGAUAGAGGAACGGCUACCAGUGGACGGAGCAUUGAGCUGUUGUUGUGUGACAUGCGUGCUGUCAUUGAAAGUGUUCGAGAGAACGAGGAACAACAAGAUCAGCGACUUGAUGCUUUGGAGCGACUGGUUAGCAGCAUUCAACAGGUUGUGAGUUUCAUUGCUGAAGUGUUGAAACACUCGAGAUUGGCUGAUCUCUUGAAAAACACAAACUCAAAAUCCAGCAGCAGGUUUAGAGAAAAGGAUGGGAAGGAGAAAUCUAAAGUAUAUCCAAAGGGGUUAAAAACCCAGAAGAGAAAGAAACCACUGGAAGCAUCAGACUUAGUUCAGGCUGGUUUUGAAGAAGUGCAAAAGCUCAAUCAACAGAACAAUCAGCUUUCUCAAUGCACAACAGAGACAGCAGCUGGCACAGUUGCACUCCCGGAGCAAAAAGGAGACUGCUAUACGGAUAGGAAGGAUGAGGCUGCAGUGGAAGACGGGGCAAUAGAGCAAGAAAUCGUUGCUGAAUUAUUGCAGAUAAAAGAAGAGGAUAAAAAGGAGGAAGAGGAGAGGUCAAAGAAAGAGGAGGCAUUGUGGUUAUCAGAGGAGAGGCAACUAGCUGCUCCAAGUUCAUCUGGGCAAACUGAUGAAAGCACACCAGACAGCUGUGAGGAGAAUCUGGAAAUAACUGUCAGUACUAAGAGGCAUGUUGCGGACGAGACUCUGACAGAUGACCUUAAAAAAAGCAGAGUGGAGGAGGCGUCAGAGGAAGAGGAUAAGGAAAUAAAGGAGGAAGAAGAGGCAGGACUUAAAGCUGCAGAGGCUGGACCAGAGAGACUGGAGGUGGGGACAGAAGAAGAGAGGACAGAUGCAGAGUCAAAAAUUGAGGAAUAUGUCAUUGAUUCUUCCCCUCCCCCACCUGCACCAUUUGAGCACCGUCUUGUGACAACCAAAACCCACCAAAUUACCAGCUACUACACUAUCAAUAAAGAGGAAGUUCUUGGGGGAGGACGCUUUGGGAUGGUUCACAAAUGUGAAGAAAAAUCUUCUGGCCUCAUAUUAGCUGCCAAGAUCAUCAAAGCCAGGAGUCAGAAAGAGAAGGAGGUAGUAAAGUGUGAGAUUGAAGUGAUGAACCAGUUGAAUCACGCCAAUCUGAUCCAGCUCUACGCCGCCUUUGAAUCUCGACAUGAAAUCAUUCUAGUGAUGGAGUAUGUUGAUGGGGGAGAGCUGUUCGACCGGAUCAUAGAUGAGAACUAUAAGCUGACCGAGUUGGACACAGUGCUGUUCAUCAGGCAAAUCAGUGAAGGGCUUCAGUAUAUGCACAAGAUGUACAUAUUACACCUUGACCUAAAGCCUGAAAACAUUCUCUGUGUCAGUCGAGAAACAAACAAGGUCAAGAUAAUCGAUUUUGGGCUUGCAAGGAGAUAUAAACCCAGGGAAAAGUUGAGGGUGAACUUUGGUACUCCUGAGUUCCUGGCUCCUGAAGUCAUCAACUAUGAAUUUGUCUCAUUCCCAACUGAUAUGUGGAGUUUAGGUGUCAUCACUUACAUGCUGCUCAGUGGCUUGUCUCCGUUCUUGGGUGAGGAUGAUAAUGAGACGCUAAAUAAUAUACUGGCAUGUCAGUGGAGUUUUGAAGAGGCAGAGUUUUCCGACAUCUCCGAGGAGGCCAAAGACUUUAUCACACGUCUGCUUGUGAAGAGCAAAAGUUGGAGAAUGAGUGCAUCCCAGUCCCUGAAACACCCAUGGCUUUCAGACAGAGCGCUUCACUUCCGUCUUCACCAUAAGAAAAACAAGUGUCACUCUUCACACGCCCCUCCUCCAGAGGGCUAAACAGAAGUGAUCAUUGGCUCUCCUUGUGCCGUGGUGACAAACUGGACCAAUACUGUUGUACCUGAACAACUACACAACAUCUGUUUAAUAUCACAGUCACAUACUGUACUGGACAUGUAUGUUACUUGCUUACCUCAACCUCAAACUAAAACAGCAUUCAACACAUUAAAAAUACUGCACUCCUCUUGUGUUACAAAAAUAUUUCAUAAUUUGUAAAAAAAAAAAAAAAAAUUGACAAAGUGGCCCUGUGCUCCAGUUUCGGUUUAAGUGGGUUUUAACUGUCUUUUAGCUGUUGUCUUAUUAAAAAAAUACUACAGAUAGUUAAUACUACAGUUAUUUGGUCUCACAUGUGCACUUUAUAAUAGGACGGGACUGGAAGAAGGAUGUUUAUGGCUAAAAGUGCAAAAGAGACAUUUUCAGCCAUACUCUAUAUCCACAAAUGUAUUGAGUCUUAUCAUGGUAAUAUCCUGUAUGUCACAGGUUUAUGGUAACAAUUCAAUCACAUGAUAUUUGUGAGGGCAUUGGAGUUUUGUUUUGAAUGAAAUUCGCACAGGAACUACCGUACUGUAUUUUAACACUUGAAAGUCUAGAUACCUUAAUGUAAUCCUACAAAUGAAACAUUAUAUAUUUUUUGCCUUUCAGGAGUUCUAAGUGACAGAGUUUUUUUUUUUUUUUUGUGUACCUACUGUUAUCUGAUGCAAAUAGCCAUGCCCCAAAUGCGCCUCUCACUUACCACGUUAUUCUAUAAUAUCAUUUAGAGGGCUUCCUCUAGGGAAAAUGUAUUGUAUAAAACAUAUUGUUCAGAAUGCCAAGAGCAAAUGCUUUGGUAAUGCCUUAAGCUGCUGAUCUCAGACUUUAUUGUGGGGGGCUUUGUGACUUUCUUUUUAAGCUUGAAAUUUGAAACUGGGACACUGGAUCCAAGACCGGCUCACUCCCUCUCUUUGUCGUAAAACAUCUCACCUUCCAUGAAGGCAAAUUAAAAAAAAA